AUGAAAUCAACUUCCUAUGCUAUAUUCCGCCACUUCUGUCGGGGUAGUCUACUGUCUCUGAACUGCAUCAGGAGGAGUGCUGACAGGGGCUGCGUUUGGCUGCUGGCAGCAACCUGGAAGGGUGACCUCUCAGAGAUGCGGCAGCUCUGCCCCUCUCUCUUCCAUGCCACAUCAGGUGGCCCUCUCAAGCAAGUCAUGAGGCUCAUCCCUCUUCAGCUUACCGCCAGCGACUCUUGGACCGGGAAGUACCCUGGAGACCGGGGUGGGGGCAGCUGGAGGCCCUUCUCUUAUCUAAAGGAACCAGGUGGCCAUCUCCCUUGCUUUAUCAAUGCAGGAUGGUGCCGUCCACCUGCCUGCCACUUUUCAACUGCGGCCAGAAGACCGUGCAGCCAUCUUCUUUUCUCAAGUAUCUGCAUACUCCUUGGGGGCUUCUUAUAUUUCCGACCUGCUUUUCAACUUGGUAUUCGGUACAAGGAGGCGUUCCCAAGUGGCACUAGUGGUAAAGAACUCGCCUGCCAAGAUUCUUCACCAUCAAGCCACCAGGGAAGACCAGCUUGCAAAUGA